AUGAAUGAACUUCUCACUGAGUUGAUUUCUUGCUGUGGAUCAUUGAAUACAGACAAGGCAACUGAAAGAAAGAGACAAGCUGAAAAUUUCAAGCGAAUUCUAACCCAGUCUAAAGUUAUACAGUGUCUGGAUAGCAAUUCUGACCAAAAUAAUCGAAGUGGUAGACUCUUCACAUGGGACCAUGUCUUCAAGGCUGUGCGGAAUUUCAUUGACAAAGAAAUUGACGUGCUGAGGAAAGCCAAAGGAGCAAGUGCAACAGUUAUCAGACGAAAACAAGAAAUCAGCACACUAUUUAAAUGGACAAUACGAAUUGCCAAUAAACGAGGAGAAAGACUCAAAUGCAAUGACAUCAUUGUACAUAUUAAAACUACUAUGAAUGAUGAUUUUACAUGUGAAGCAUUUGGUGUUGAUUAUAGUAAUGUAUUACUGAAGGAUGUCUUGGGAAGUAAGAAAUACUGGUGUGAUAUGAGUCAGAAAACAUGGAUGGGUUUAUUAUCAAUGUACUGCCAUACUAUACUGGAAUAUGCAGGUGGUUUUAACAGAGAUACGCUAUCUCAAAUUAUAUACGUUUUAAUUUGUGGUGCUACGACACAGUGCAAUGUACAAAAUAGAAGACUUUUUGAUUUUUUUACUGAAAUAACCAAACAUUUUAGAAAUGAGAAGAGUAGUAUAGUGUUGGUCAAUAUUAUCACAGCUAUGAAUAGUUUCUGCCAAUCAGUUGCAAUAAAUUGUAGAAGACUAAUUUGUAAACUUGGUGAAGAUGUAUUACCCACAUUGCUGUUUUUAUGGAGUCAGAGACCUUCACCAGAUUUAAAGAAUUUUAAGCCAAGAAUUAAUACAUCUGGUGAAGUACAUAACAGGAAGUGGUGGUCAACUACAUCUACUAGUUCUAGGGAAACCACUCUGAAGGAGAAUUAUGUUAGCCUAGCAGCUGAUGUCUGCCAUCAGAUAUUUUCUGAGAAAACCACUGAGAUUGAAGUUACUCAAAUGACAUUUGUCAAUACCCAACCUGGCAGUAGGAGUAAAAGACGACGCUUGGAAUCUGGUUGGGAAAUGAUACGAGACGCUCUCACGCAGCAAGGUCACAUGACAGAAACUAUACCAUGGUUGCAGUUACUGUAUGCUCUGCUAAGCCAACACCCAACUGGGCUGCCUUCUGAAGAGAUACAACCAUUUCUUAUCACUUUACAUCAACUUCUUACUGAAACAAAAAGAAACAAUACAACUGGCUGGCUUCUGGACUGCCUCAGUGCUCUUGCUUAUUGUCAGAGUAACAAAAUCCAAACUUUGUUUAUAACAGAGUCAUGUCACCCUCUAUGGAUGAAAGUAUGGAGUAGUACACUCAGGGUUGCCAGUCUACACCAUGCUGAAAAACAUGGAUUCCAUUUACUGUGUGUUCUUAUUGAAACACAGUUGGUAACCGCUGACAAAGAAAUUUGGAAAUUACUGGCACAUGGCACUUGUCAACCCACACAGAGUGCUGUACAGUGCCUUUCCAUACUUCUCAAACACUGCCAAAUUCCAGAGAACCUGGAACCAAAUGCUACCAUUGCCAUGGGAAUCGUCACUAGGAAUUUCCCCUUAAGACAUAUUUUACUAAAUUGGAUACUGCCAAAUGAAGAGAAUGGUGAUGUGUCUGAGAAGCAACAUAAAACAGUUGACAGACCUUCUGUCACUGUUAUAUCUGAAGUACUUGCUAUCCUGACUCAGCGAUGUACUAGUACAAUAUCACCAUGGAAACCACAGCUUGAACACUGCCAAAAUAAAGUUUUACAAGCGACUGAGGACAUUUACAUGAAGUCUAGUUUUGAUCUGAUAGAGGGGAAUCAACAUGGGAAGGAAUCAUUCCAGGAUAAUAGAAGACAGAACAGUACACUAAAUGUUGUAUUAAAGUCAUUGAUACGAAUGCUUGACGCAACGGCUGAUAGAUUAUUGGAGAUUACAUCCACUGAGGUUGUGCACGUUGAGAAUAUGGUUCAUCACUGUGCUGUUAUCACCAAGGUGAUGUCAUGGUUGCUAGGAUACCAAGCUAUAACCAAAGAUGAUUUGCAUCAUUCUAAGUUAUUCGGUCAAAUAAAACUGCUACUGAAAAGAAUAUUGAUGAGUAUCACUAAAGGGAGAAGAGAUGCUGAGACAGCUCAGAGAGGGCAGUCUUUGUUGUGUAGCAAUGUAGUCAGAGGCUUAAAGGAGAUAUAUACAUGGGAUGCUCAAGAUGCUGAUGACAACAUGACUGAUGCCGUGUCUUGGAUGGCAUGCACUUGUAGAAACAUCACACCUGCAGGGCUCGUAGAUUUUUUGCUCAAAAUAGCAAGUUGUAAGGGUAGUAACCCGCAAAGUGGUAACCGCACUUCGGUUUUCAUGACGAUGGCCGAAGAUGAGGUGGAUGGUUUCAUGGACGUUGAGUUUGAUACGCCAGGUGAUACAGACAAUGGAUUUGAUGAUUUCGGUGGAAUGAAUGGCGAUAAAAUGGAAUUGAUUGGCACAACAAAUAAUACCGCCAAGCAGAGUAUAUUGCUGACUGACAUAUUAACAGAGCCACAGAGACUGUGUUUGGACUGUAUUCGGUUACUAUGCACGUGGUGUGUUAGUGGUGCUACUGAUGAAAAUACUGUACAUGGAGUUGAUCCAGUCUUAGUGAAAGAACAGUUACUAGACUUGCUAGAUGAGGAGACGUUUGAUGUUUCUAAGCCAUUUGAUUUGCAGAUGUUCUUCACCAUAGGUGAUGGGUUCCUGGCAGAAUGUCCACAUGUUCUAGAUUCACAUUUAGAAAUCCUACUAGAUGCACUCAAAAGGGUUGCAUCAACACACAGAAAAGAUCAAGAGAUAUGUUCUGCAGUCCUGUUAUUACUUGCCAGGAUUAUUCCAUGUCUUAAUCCAUGCACAGUACAGGUGUCAGAUACAAUGGAAGAUGCCAGAGAAAUUGCCUUACACCUGCUAUCUGUCUUCUGGAAACUGCAAAGUGAUGGUCAGUACUCCUCAUCUGCAAGACUAAACUUAGUCAGGUGCAUGCAGGCUUUUAUACAGAUAGACCCACAUGGGAAAUGGGCAGUCAUGAAACAGAAAGCUAGAGAAAAAGGUGGUGGUGAUAGAGAUAUGGAUGUUUCAUUGGCUGAACAGUUUCCUGAUCUCCUGAAUGAUAGAUGCCAUGGUGUCAGAAUGCAGGUAGCUGAAGCUGUUACUGGACUCUUUGUGAUGAACAAGCCUGACAUUGAUGGCGAUGCCUUACAGCCCUUAUGUACUGAUUUGCAAGACAUGGCAUUUACAAAAGUUUUAGGGUGUGUACAAGAAGCUGCUGUAGUGCCCUCCUGCGUGAGUGUUGAAGAACAGGAUGACGAGAGAAGCAACCGUGUCGCUAGUCUGUUGAAAACACUUUCUACAAUUGCUUAUCAUAGUCCAGUCUGUGAAAAACGAUGUGUGUUUGCUCUGAUACAGGCAGUGAAGGAAAACAAUAUUGACAUUGAUCUUAUGUUGAAGGUCAUGAAAGGAAUAUCAUCUAAUUUGAAGUUUCCUGAUGUGCGUUCGUUUCUGGAUUCUCAUCUCGGUUAUAUCAUUUCCAAAUGGUUGGAAGUUGGUUAUGACAUCAACGACAUGCCAUUCAGACUUUUUAGUUGUACAACAAGAAAACAGUUUUUCAAACAGCACUUCAAAGUAAUGAUUCCAUAUAUAAUAAUGAACAAUAAGAUUGAAUUGGUACAGACACUGGGCGCAGAGUUACAGACUGACUGGAAACAACUGCUGGUAGAGUGCUUCCCACAGAUUAUUGUCCAUAUUAUACCAACAUUUGCACAUACCAGAGAAGGGGAGGAUUUCAGCAAUGAGCAGAAAAAGAGGAAAGCACAUGCCAGUCAAGUUUUAACGACCCUGCAGGAUAUCUUAACUCAAGAGGUGGUGGAGAAACUCAUACAGAGUCACUUAGAUGAAAUAGUAGUGGUAUUAUUAAUGACGCUACAUGAACCACACUCUUUAAAUAGUGACAUUGGACAAUUUGUAAAAGAUACCGACCCACAACCAAACCCACCAAGUUUUACGUCUUAUACCAUCAAGGCAACGUUAGAUUACUUGACUGAAUGUCACCAAGUCAGCGGUAGUAGCAACAAAUCACUUAUAUCGUUGCUGUCGAAAACACAGGAUAGUAUACAGAAGAUACUGCUUCAUCUACAUACUCACAUGGCAAGGGCACAUCACAUCCAUGAAAAGCGACGAGCUCUACUGAUGUAUAGACUAUUUGUUAUAUUGCUUCUGACUGAGCUUCACCUGGGUUUAGGUGGUACAUGGGCCUUUGUACUACAAGAUAUCAUUUAUACUCUGGUACAUUUCAUGGGUGAUGUCACCAAGUCGUCUGAUUUAAUCUUGUUGUGUAUUGAUUUGUUACACACAGUGUGUGAAUCGGCCACUAAAUGCUGUUAUGAGGAAUUCGGCAGACAUCUACAUGUCAUCGUAACAGCACUUAUUCCCCAUGCAGAGGAGGACACUGACGUUGGAAGACAGGCUACCAGUUUGCUUGAAUAUCUGAUUGUAGAAAAUGAAACUAAACUAUCAAAGGCAAUAGAAGAAAUAGAUCCUCUACCUAGUUCUAUGCCGUUUGUAGAGGCACGAAAAAUACAGAACAAAGUCAAAUACAAUGGAAGGUCUUUCAAUUUACUUGAGGAGAUUCAUCAUUUUCUGAGAGUUGGUCACACCUGUAAAUCGUCCAAUAGACUGGAAGGUCUCAAGUAUCUGAGACAACACCUCGCUGAUAAGAAAGACGAUUUAGCAGUACUGGUGUCACAGUGUGAAGAAAAUCCAUCUGAAAGCACUCUACUACUGCUCAUCUGUGAUCUGAUACACCUGGUCCAAGUCGGUAACUAUGGCCAUGGUUGUCAUGGGAACCAGAAAGCCAUUCAAGAGGAAGCUGGCAGAUGCCUUGGAGAGAUUGGUGCGGCAGAUCUUUCAACUAUAGCACUCAAGUACCAAGACACUAAUACAAGUUAUAGUACAGCUGUGAAGGUGUACAAGGGUAACAGUGGCAAGAGGAGAAACAGCAUAAUUAUACACCUACUGCAAGAAUACCUGACAGAUCCAAGUGUUGAUAUUGUGAGUGCAUCUGCUGAUUGCCUGAAAAAUAUUUUCUCUACUCCAUCUGGACGAGUAUUCUAUGAAGACUACAAAUCACGCAAUAUUGACAGUGUCUUGUUUUAUCUACAUCCAUUCAAACCUCAUAAGAAAAGCAUGUUUGCGUUGCCAACAAUUUCUGCCGAUAUGGAGAGUUUUUCAGCAAAGAUUGGCGAUCCAUUGUUAUGGAUACCUGAUCAUGGUAGCCAUGACGAUUGGAUCUGUAACCUAGCAACUACUUUGAUAAAUGAUGGUGGAAUUAAUGAUGAGUUCUUACGACUUCUAACUCCCAUAUGUAAAGUGAAGGUAAGUAUAUGUGAGCGUGUAUUGCCCUUCCUAGUUCAUGAGAUACUACUGAUUGGAAAUGAGACGUACAAACAGGUGUUAUCACAGCAGAUACAAGGGUUCUUUAGUAGACAUUGUGGGGACCUAGAGGACAGUAGUAAGGCUACAACACCCCUCUUAACACAAGGGGAAUCAAGUUGCACUGGCAAGAUUACCAAGCAGUCAGUUAGAACUAUGCUGGAUGUUAUACACUAUCUUAGAUUACAAAAUAAACCAAAAUUUGGGAGAAGCAAAGCACCUGUAACUGUGUGGAAUAAUAACUUCUGGUUAGAUAUUGAUUAUGUACUGAUUGCCAAAGCAGCCCAGAGCUGUGCUGCCCAUUUUACAUGUGUUCUCUACUCUGAAAUAUGGUGCGAUAUAGAAAAGUCUAAAAUGAAUGCAAAAGAAAAUGACGAAGAAGUGAGUCAAGGAAACAGUCAAAACAGUAUGGAAAUAUUGAGUAAUUUAUCAACGAGUUCACCUGUUAAUGUACAGUCACUAUUACUAGAAGCCUAUAGUAGUAUAGGAGAACCAGAUGGUGUAUAUGGAUAUGGUGCUGGUAGAUUGACUGAUACUACAGCCAGGAUCCAUACAUAUGAGCAUGAACAUGCCUGGGGUAAAGCAUUGACAGCCUAUGAUUUAGAAAUAGAGACACCACUUAUGUCAACUCAGAUUGGUUUACUGCAUGCUCUUCAGAAUUUUGGCCUCAGUCAUACUCUAAAUACAUACUUAUGUGGUCUUGAGAAAAAAUACACAGAACAUAGUAGUGAGCUAUGUGAGUUCCAAUACCAAGCUGCAUGGAGAAAUUGUCACUGGGACUUUGAGGAUGGAGACAGAUCAGCUGAUGCUAAUUUGCAUGUUGGUUAUCACCAGUCACUGUAUAAUAGUGUGUGCGCCCUCAGGGACAGGGAAGAGAAGAACAUGUUGGCGUGUCUUAGCCAGGCUAGACAUGAAGUUCUUAAAAGCUUGAGUGAUGCCAGCUUGGAAAGUAUUCGUAAUAUCUACACUUCUUUGGGUCAAUUACAGUCACUGGUGGAAUUAGAAAACUUUGCAGAUAUGAUGUUACAUCACAUUAACAAAUUGGAGAUGCUUCAGCUGAAAUGGAAUUCACAGUCUGCAAUAGUCGCACAGAAUGAUUAUGAGUUCAUUGAACCCAUCCUGGCAUUAAGAAACGUAUUACUGCAUGUUUUAAUGGAUAAAAACAAACAGGGUUCAAGCACCCACAUUGGUGGUAAGGUCCUGGAUGGUCUUGUCAAACAUCUGGAAUACACCGCUGCUAUUGCAAGGAAAGCUAAUAGGCCGCAGGCAGCAGAGAGGGCCAUCUUUACAUUGAAACAGCUGGACCAGCAGAGUUGCGCAUCAGACAGUAGCGUAUCUUGGUCUUGGCAACUAGAAGAGUCGAAAAUGUACUGGGACAGAGGAGAGCAGAAUACAGCGCUGCAUAUUAUGAUGCAGCUUGCUGAAAAAUUGAGCAAAAUUCAUACCAGGAACAGAUCAUUAACUAACGUUUAUGCCCAGGUACUUGGUAUCCAUGGCAACUGGUUAGCGGAAACUCAUUCUGAGAGUCCUAACAAUAUCAUGACAGGCUUCUUAGAAAAGGCGGUUAAUUUAUAUGAAGCUAUCGGAGACACCAGUCGUGAAGCAAUGGACGCUUACCUAGCAGUCGGCAGAUUUGCCGACUCCCAGUAUCAAACAAUUGUCAAUUACAUGAAAUCAACUACAUUUGAAUUAAAACAAGCUUUACUGAAGAAAUCCAACGCUGAAUUGAGUAAGCUGGAAACUACAGAAAAUCAGAGAAAUAAGUAUGUAAUGACUUUGAUGAAGCAGCAACAAUUUGACCAACAGGAAAUGGACAAUUUAAAGUUUGAUAGGGCUACAUACUUGGACACUGCUGUAAACAACUAUCUGCGCUGUUUGCAUCUAGGGGACUAUCAUGACAUGAGAGUCUUUCGACUCUGCUCACUGUGGUUUGAAAAUUCACAUGAUAAGGAAGUGAAUGAGAUAUUGAAAGAUGAAUUACCAAAAGUGCAGAGUAGAAAGUUUUUACCGUUAAUGUACCAGUUAGCAGCAAGGAUGACAACUAAGACACAACAGAAUGAAUAUUUCCAUUCUACUCUAAAUCAGCUGAUUGAGAGGACGACUGUUGACCAUCCACACCAUACUCUGUUUGUAAUACUGGCACUGAGUAAUGCAAAUAAAGAUGAAAUCCUGACAGCACCAAAGAAAAAACGUAGCUCACUAUCAAUAAAUAAGACUGCUACUAGCACAACAAAUGGGGAACGAAUGCAAGCAGCAAAGAAUAUGAUUGAAAGGCUACGCAAUGAACGUGGAGCAAUCAUACAAGCAAUGGAAAAACUGUGUGAUGCAUAUAUAAGUGUGGCUUACCAUGAUGUUGGACAACAAAAGAGGGACACUAAACCCAUCAAUUUACCUUCUCAUCUCGUGCUACCCAAGCUAAAGGAGAUGAAUCUUGUUGCCAUGCCAACAGUGGACUUGGCGGUUGAUCCUAGUUGUUGUUAUGAGAACAUUAUUUACAUCAAAGCCUUUGAAUCUACUUUUCGAUUGGCGGGUGGUGUAAACCUGCCAAAGAUUAUCACGUGUAUUGCAUCUGAUGGAAGUAAGAAAAGACAACUAGUCAAGGGUCGUGAUGACUUAAGACAAGAUGCUGUUAUGCAGCAGAUGUUUGGAUUGGUGAAUAAAUUACUGCAGAAAGAACCAGAGACAAGAAAGCGGAAACUAACUGUUCGGAAAUAUAAGGUGAUACCUCUUUCUCAGCGUAGCGGUGUUUUAGAGUGGUGUGAGGGAACGAUGCCAUUGGGUGAAUAUUUGAUAGGAUCACGCAAUGACGGUGCUCACCAACGAUACUAUCCACAAGAUUUGCUACCAACAAACUGUCGAAUUAAAAUGAAUAAUGCCCAUAAAAGUGGACAUAAUAAUGAUAAAUACGAGGCCUACAUGGAAGUAUGUAACAAUUUUCAUCCAGUGUUUCGUCAUUUCUUCCUUGAGAAGUUUCAAGACCCUGCCAUAUGGUUUGAAAGGCGUCUUGCAUACACUAGAAGCGUGGCUACUUCAUCUAUUGUCGGUUAUGUUGUAGGACUUGGUGAUCGGCAUGUACAGAAUAUAUUGAUAGACUGUAAUACUGCGGAACUGGUUCAUAUUGACUUAGGUGUUGCCUUUGAGCAGGGCAGGAUAUUGCCAACACCAGAGACUGUUCCUUUCCGUUUAACAAGAGAUAUUGUGGAUGGUAUGGGAGUGGCUCAAGUGGAGGGUGUUUUCAGAAGAUGCUGUGAGAAGACGAUGAAAGUAAUGCACAAUAACCAGGAAUCUAUGUUAACUAUCUUGGAGGUUUUUCUGUAUGACCCCCUGUACGUCUGGACAUUAUCUCCAAUAAAAGCGAUGAAAUUACAACAAAUGAAACCAGACGCUGAUGCUUCUGAAUUGAAUAUCACAAACAUAAGCGAGAGGGACAUCUUUGACGGAUCAGGAGACAGUGCCGAAGGAAGUACAGAAGAAUCAAACAAGAUGGCGGAGAGAGUGUUACUACGACUGCAACAAAAACUGAAAGGAGUCGAAGAUGGUAUUGUUGUCAGCGUCAGUGGACAAGUAAAUAGACUUUUACAAGAAGCUAGGGAUCCCAAGAAUCUAUGCAAAUUGUUUCCUGGUUGGCAAUCCUGGAUUUGA